GAAAGUUGUCAAGAGAGGGAAGAAGAAGAAGAAGAAGAAGAAGAAAGAAAAGGCAGCUGCAGCGGAGAAGAAGAGGCUUCAGACGGACCCGGAGCUCGGCGGAGGAGUGAUGGGCUGCAGCCACAGUAAGAAGAAAAGCAAAGGCAAGAAAGGAGAGAAAGCUCAGAAAGGCAGCAGCUGCCAAGAUGAAGGAGGUAAACGUACGUCAGCUGAGCUGGAUGUUUGUCUGGAGAAGCAGUUGGAGCGUUUUGAGUGGCAGCUGAGGAUUUUAAAGGAGGCCAAUGGAAACCCAGAGAGGGCUGAGCUGCUGAAAGACCACGCCAACGAGGAGGUGUGCGCCCUCGUCCUGAGCAUCCUGGACAAGGUGAGAACCGAGACGACGGCGGAUCUGAACGUCCUGCACGAACAGAAAAGUAAAUCUGCGACCGAGGAACAUGAGAGACACGUGGAAGGGCUGCAGGUGAAACACAAACAGGAGAAAACUGAACUGACAGAAAAGUUCCAGGCGGCUGAAAACAUCCUGCAGGGUAAAGUAGCGACGCUGUCUGCAGAGCUGCAGGUUUACAACGAGCUGAAGAGGAGAGUCGAAGAAUCCACCUUUAAGAAGGACCUGCAGAGGAACAUCCAGGCCCACGGCAGCCCCGGGGCAUUCUGGGAAUCUGAGCAGGAGUCGCUGCUGUUUGUCAUAGAAAUGAAGACUGAGCGUGUGCAGGAGCAGAACAGGAAGCUGCAGCAGAUGGAUGAGCUGGUAGAGAAGAACUUGUCUUUGGAGGACCAGAUCAUUCACACUCUGCAGCAGAACGAGGACCUCAGGGUCCGAAUAGACAACUGCCAGACUCUCAUUCAGCAGUUAUCGAAGGAGCAGCAGGAUCUGAAGGUGGCGCUGGAGAGGCAGACAGCAGUCAACCAGACGCUUUCUCAGGAAAAAGAGCAGCUGAUGUUCAAACUGAGGCACAGGGACUCGUGUCCGACCAUCCACCUGCCCGCCAUGAUGCAGGAGAUCGCACCCAGAUGACUCGGAUAGCAACCAUUCACCGGUUCGCAGCCGGCCGGGUUUACAGAACCAGAUCUAUUGAGCAUCGGAGGGUGGAAACAAGACUGAAUAGUUGUAUUUAGCAGCAUCUGUUCUUAUUGUUGCGGUCGAGCAGGUUUGUGAGAUUCUUCCUGUUUCACUACAAUCACUGGUAGCUUUGACCUUUCACAGCGUUGUGGUCAAACUAGACAAAUGUGCUCUUCUAUUUAGAUUUUUAAAAUCUUUUUCUAUGAAGGUGUGUCCUUGUCCUGACAUGUUGUUGUGAAAAUGUCCCUCACAGGCCACCGUCGCAGCACCAAAAAUCCUCAGUCAGUCCGUAAAGUUCCAGCCUGACUAGCGAGCUGCUUUAGCCGAUGAGCGUAACAGAUAAGAGUUAGCUCCCCGCUAACAAACCACAGGACUGAAUGCUUCCGUGUUGCGUCAGUAGCGUGCUGUCAGCUGUUAUCACACAGGAUUCAGAACUAUUUCUAGUGAGCAAACUAGCCAGCUUGGUUGCUACGAGAACAAAUUCAUGAAUACUUUUAACCCGUUUUUAAUGACAAGUUUAGCUGUUGGUACUUCAGCAGUGGUUUUGUAUUUACAGAACUUGGUCUGACUCACCAGAUUUAAAUUGUGGGUGUGAGCCUCAGCACAGGAGACGACAGCAACCUCCUCCACGCUAAAAACGUUCAGGUGUUGAUUGCUAUUUUUUUCUGUGAAUUAGCCAAGAUAUUCCUCACCUCCCUUGCCAGCCAAUAUUCUACUAAAACAAUGUCCCAGCAUCACAGCAUCCUAUUCUUCAAAGGUUGAUGGUAAGCGGUUUAAAGAACUUCAAACACACCUGAGCUUUGUCCACCUGUAGGAGCUUGAUAAUAACACGCAGUCAGACCACAGAAUAGUUGGCUAUACAGGACUAUACAAACUCGAUGCAACAUGAUUUCUCUUAUUAUGUUGAUAAUGGGAUGCGAUCAGGCCAUUCCACACGGUGCCAGAGAAUAGUGUGACUUCACCUCAUUGUCUUAAUCUCAGCGCUGUGUAGAAUGGUCUGUUCACCUCAUUACAACGGCCUGUCUAUGCAAGACUACAUCAAACUGGCUGUGCACAUAAUAAUGGGGUGCAAUCAUUAUCAUUUUAUCCAACGCUGUCAGUCCUAUAGAAUGGUCUGGUAAUGUGAGACAAUAUAGAAUGGGGUGCACCAAAUGUUAGGACUCAUUUUCUUGGCCAUUACGAAACAAAUCCACAAUUAGACACAAUAAUGGAUUUUCUUCUGUUUUUUCCGGUAAUAAUUGCAGCUGAAAACAGGAGCAUUAUGCAAUACAAUGCAAAUACUACAAACAUCUAUGUACCUGGACAUCUUGCUGGUAGUAUGUCUUUCAGGAAACCAAACAAUAACCAAUUUGUACAGUGAUUUUUUCUGGUCCACUUCAAUCCUGAUGCCAAAAGGUUUUCCUGUAGUCAAACUGCUUAAAGUUUAUUUAGGAGUUAUGAGCCUCUGAAUCAACGUUCACAUUUUCCCUCCACAAGAACUGUUUUAGCUUCAUUCAUGAAAAACAAAAAUGACAUUUAAUCUAGUGUUUAAACAUGCUAGCAUCUCAGCUACAGAGACUUAAACAUCCUGACAGUGUUUGGAUUAUUUUGAUUAAUCCUCACAUUGUUGGUUUUAGAAUGUUAGUUAAGUAGUCUGUUUACAUUUGUUUUAAUGUUGGCGUCGUAAAAUGCAAAAUGUUGAGAUGUUAGCAGGCAUUAUUAAAUAAAAUGCACAUUAACAUGCCAACGUUAGCAAACGGUAUGCCAUUUGAGUUCAGAAUCAUGAAACCUCAUUCUUGUUUUUUGACUCCACACAUGGUGAGAAUUCAGAUCAGCCGUAUUUACCACUUUGUAUUCCUUUGAGCAAUUUGUGUUUCAAGUGUGUAAUGAGCGCUAAAUGCUAGCAGGGCUGCUGAUGUAGCGGAAAACUAAGCGUGAGGCUACUAGAAAGUCACUCUGCAAAACUGAUUUAUGGAAAUGACUAUGUAGGUAGUGCUCAUAGCUAGUGUGACUAGCAAGCUAACUACUUGUUUUAUGGUUUUGUUCUUGUUACGGUUAAUGCUGUUCUUAUACAGCUAUCUUAAGUUGUCCAGUGAUGUGAGAUGGGUGCCAGUACUGUACCAUGACUUUUAACGGUUACUGAAAGGACACAUAUUCACAUUAUGAUCAAGCUGACAUCUAAGUUAAGCUGACUGCUAACUAGCUAGCCAAAAUAGCUUGUUAGCUGGCAUGUUAGCAUGAUUACCAGUUCACCACUUGGGUUUGCAUUAACCAGACUUUUGUAUGAUAAUCUUAAGUUAUUCAGUUAUAUCACAGGGGUACCAGUUACCUACCUAGCUAGCUUAGAUGCUAAAUGUACCAUUAGUUGUAACGGUAAAUCACAGGAUACAUAUUUGUGCCAAUACCUAAAUGCUAGCGUGCGAUGUAAGUUAAGUUGCUUACUGUAGCAAAGUUUCAUGUUGCAGUUGAGCAGAUUUAUGUUCUAAAUGCUAGCAUGCUGGCUAGUUAAAAUCGCUCUUAGUCUGAUUACAUUGACAUCUAAUUAAACAUCUAAGUUAAACUAACUGGGAACAUGCUGAAUUUCCUGACAAGUUAGUUGACUAGCUAACAAGGUUGUGGUCAUGUUGGGGUUAACUGUGCUUUUAUAAACCCAUCUUAAGUUGUCCAGUGAUGUGAUAUUGGUACUAGUUAGCCUGCUAGCUAGCUUAGAUGUUAACUGGACCAAGAGUGCCACGGUUAUUUUAUGGACACACAUUUGUAGCAUCACUUAAUGGUAGCAUGCUGAACAGUUAGCUAAUGAACUCAGUUGGUUACAGUAGCAUGAGUCAUUUUAAGUUAUUUGUAGCAACCCUUCUUUCAGAACAUGCGACAUCUCUUUUGAGCAGAAGCUAAAUGCUAACUUGCUAGCUUCCUCUAUUUGGGGCUUCUACCAACUGAACAGACUUGAUGCAGGUUUCUCUGUUUUUCUGAAUUGGCAGUUUAUUUUCCAAUCACAGAACAUAAAUCACUGUAUAUACGCUGCCUUUCAGUCCUGUUUGGGAUAUAUUUUUUGUAAAGAUGUGAAAAAUUGUACUAUUUUUUAGUUCUUUAUCUUUUUGUGUAACAAGAAGUUUGUAUUGCCAAAAAAUAAUGUUGCCAGUGUUUGACAGCCCUUUCUCCUUAUGCACCAGCACUUUGACCUGGAUUUCACCAGGACUUUGUAUAAGAGAGAUUUUUUUUUCAUGUUGUACAGUGUUGAAUUUUCUCUGCUUUUGACAUGUAAAAGUGUAUUUUAUCUUUUCUCAGCUGAUUUAGCAGUUUCCAGUGUGAUGUAGAUACACUCAAAUGAUUUCUUUUUGUUUUUGGCUCGACUAAAUAAAAAUAUAACUAAG